AGUACGUACAAGCCGCUAAUAAACACGUCACGCUCCUUGAUUAGACACAAUCAUAUCAUGUCCAAAGACGCACGAGAAGUUUUCAGAGAGUUAUACAACACGACGAGUGUAAUCUCCGCCCAGAUAAGACCAUCUAAGCAAUCGAGCGUCUAUCUUGCAUACCUCACACUAUUACAACCGCAUAUAGAGCGCAAAGCUAAAGUCAAGACCCAAAGAACUCUCGUCUUGGACGAUAACAGCCCAGAGCCUAUAUCUUCCACGAUCACCGAACUCGUCGAUGUCGUUGACCAAGCUGUUAACGUGCAGGGAACCCAUCAAGCGAUACAGCGUGCUAUAGAGGAUAAAGGUAAAGGUACGAAAACGUUCUAUAUCGAUAUAUAUGACCUCCGUGAUGGCCAGCGUACCCAUUCUAUUAACGUCACCGGCAAGCAUGGUGCUUUCUGUGCCGAUCCGACAUUCGGCAGGCUCAGAUGGUCUCCAACUGGUAAGACGUUGGCAUAUACAGCAGACAGACGCAAGCAAGUUGAUGACGAUGACAUCAGUGUCUUUGAUAAGCACCGUUAUGUUCCGACUUGGUGGGUAUGAAUCUAUGCGUUUGUGUUGACUAACACAACACCUGGGGGUGAGCAAUUCUCACCUUCUCUCCAACAACCUAGAGUCUACUAUGUAGAUUUAGACACGCCGAAGCCAGAACCGAAGGAAUUAACUGACCAAUUGUCUGAACAUUCACUCGGCCAGCCACAAUUCGAAUCAGAUGGCAAAAUUAUUUUCACAGCCUACGAAAACACCCCAGACGGCCGUCGCUUAGGUAUAAUUUACUGCCAGAAUCGACUAAGUGGAAUCUACGCGUUGGAUGUUGAAACACAGCAGCUCACACUUCUCUCAAAUCCUAAGCGCGCAGUCAGGAGUCCUCGCUGCGUUCAAUUGCAAAAUGGCAAGAGCGUUGUAGUCUACCUCUCAAACGAGGCUUACGGUCCACAUGGCUCAAACUGUCGCAUCGAGAGCGUCACGACUGCCGGUGAACCAUACGGCGCUGGCUGGGCUACGAUAGAUAAACAAAAUCUUAAGGAUCCAGGGUUAUACAUUGAUCAGCUGCCAUAUGAGCCAUUCAUCAAGAAUGAUGCCCAACAUGAGUCACUCAUCGUCACUUCAAAUAUCGAAAGCAGGAAAGCAAUCUUGGAAUUUGACUUGAUAACAGACGAAGUACGUGACAUUAGCAAGCAAGUCGCUGCAGAUGCUGACAAGAGCUCACUCGAUUGCUUCGGUGCAUUCGGUGAAAGAAUAAUCAUGUCCCAGUCAACAUUCAAUAAAGCCCAACAAGUAGUCGUCUACAACGGCACAUCAAAGGUACUUCCAAGGAAUAAGAGUGAUUUAUUUAGUCAACUCGAGUCUCUCAGAGUUGAGUACGACGAGCGCACGAAGUCAUGGGUGUUACAAUCAGUAUUGGCGAGCAACAAGCCUACCCGUGGUAUCAUACUCCCGCACGGUGGGCCACAUGCAGCAAUGACACCAGCCUUCUCAGCCGCGAUCGCAACAUUCGCCUUGUCGAUGAACAUUACUGUCGUAAUGCCAAAUUAUCGCGGAUCAACAGGUUUCGGCGAGGACUAUCUGAAGGAGCUUCUUGGAAAUGUCGGUACAUAUGACGUCGAGGAUUGUAUUGCCGCGAUGGACAUGACCGAGAAGGAGUAUGCGGUCGAGAAAGACAAUUGGUGCGUCUAUGGUGGUUCGCAUGGUGGAUUCCUUGCUGCACACCUUACUGCUCAAUACCCUACAAGGUUUAAGACUGCUAUUGUGCGCAAUCCAGUCAUCUCUUUGGCAACGAAUUCAACCCAAAGUGAUAUACCAGAUUGGUGUUUCGUCGAAAGUGGUAUUCCAUUUGACCCAUCCCUGCAAGCCCCAACAGCCACCCAAUACGGCAAGAUGGACGACGUUUCUCCACUCAAACUCGCCCAGAAUGUCCAAGCAGCAACCCUCCUACUGGCUGGCGCAGAUGACCAACGCGUACCAAACCAACAGACCAGACACUGGUACCACGCUCUUAGGAACCAUCAGAAGGACGUUGAUAUGCUCGUGUUUAAAGGCACAGGACAUCCUUUAGACUCUGUCGAAGCUGAGACUACUGGAUUUGAAGUUACAUUGCAAUGGUUUGAGAAGUAUUUCAAAUAAACGCAAAACUUAGAUUAAAAUACAUGGAUGAAUAUUUU